AUGUCUUGCCAGUAUGUAUUUAUAACUAGGCUUAUAAUAAUAGCAGCAGCAGCUGUCAUAGUCGCGGUAACUUACUACAAGUUAUAUCUACCCGUCAAUCCUGUAUUCUCCAGCAUCCUUUUUAAAAAUAACUUACGGCCAUUUUUUACCAUCUGGUGCGGUUCAGCGUGUGUAGCUGGCUUUGUUUCAGACGAAUAUUAUAAUCUAUGGAAAUAUCUUGAAAAUGAAUAUGGAUGGAAAGAAGUAGCUGAUUUAAGUUCGCAAAAUAGAACUUGGUUCAGUAAUGAUACUAUUCGUUCAUACUUCCAUCGUUAUUUUAAUCAGAUACCUGAUUUAAUAUUAUAUAACCAUGUCUUUGAGACAGCGAGAUAUCAUUCUACAUUGAAGGACUGGGAAUUGAUACGCCAUCCUUGGUUCUUUAUUGAAGAUAUACAUGCAUGGACUGAGAAUGACAGAGUCCUGAAGAAAUCAGCGAUGGUUCCGAUGGAGAAUAUUGUCACAGCGUUUCCCUACAAACUUGAUGAAGUAUAUUGUAGAACAAGUCCUCAAGGUCCUCCGCAAUGGUUUUCGUUUCAUCGCACUUGGCUUCCUCAUUCCGCGUCUCCUAGCUUUCACCUUCCAUAUAAUCGGAAUCCAAAAAUGAAAAUUUUUCUCUCGGGAGCUAUCACUAGCUUUUAUCCAUAUCGAGAAAUAUUUUUGGAGAUGCAUAAAAAGAUGCCAGUCGGUGCCCCGAACAAUACGAUCAUCUACCAUCCACAUCCAGGAUAUGCACCGCUCAAUAAUCAAACUCGACUUAGUGCACAUGAAGCUUAUGGAAGAAUGAUUAAUACCUAUUUUGCUGCAGUAACAAGUACUAGCAUUAUGAACUACGUUCUUGCUAAAAUAUUCGAGAUUCCGGCUGCUGGCGCACUAUUAAUAGUCAAUUCGGAAGCGAUUCCAAUGUUGGCCCGUUUAAGAUUAUAUGAAAAUGUGCAUUACGUAGCGUACAAUAAGACCAAUAUAGAACUGAUUUUCUCUGACGUUUUAUCUGCCAGAUCGUUUGAAAAAUACGAGAAAAUUCGAUGGACCGCACACCAGACGAUAAUGGAAUAUCAUACAACUGAUCGCCGUGCUUUAUUUCUACAUAACCUUGCGAUGAAUAAUUACAUACACAGCACCCCAAAAUCCAUUGCACCAUGA